AUGUGGAGGGGCAUCAGCUACGGCGGCCUACAUAACCCGGCAGACCGCGGCCUCGGCCAUAUCAACUACCAGCCCAAGGUCCGCGUCAUCGAGCGGUACAAGGUUGUCGGCUUCAUCAGCUCUGGAACCUAUGGCCGCGUCUACAAGGCCCUCGGCCGCCAAGGCCAGACGGGCGAGUUUGCCAUCAAGAAGUUCAAACCCGAUAAGGAGGGCGAGCAGAUCUCGUACACGGGCAUCUCGCAAUCCGCCAUCCGCGAGAUGUCCCUAUGCAGUGAGCUGAAGCACGCCAACGUUAUCAAGCUCAUUGAGAUCAUCCUCGAGGACAAGUGCAUCUUCAUGGUCUUUGAGUAUGCCGAGCAUGACCUGCUGCAGAUCAUCCACCAUCACACGCAGAACCCGCGGCACCCUAUUCCGCCGCAGACGGUCAAGAGCAUCAUGUUCCAGCUCCUCAACGGGUGCCAGUACCUCCACGCCAACUGGGUUCUGCACCGCGAUCUGAAGCCCGCCAAUAUCAUGGUCACCUCGGCCGGCGAGGUCAAGAUCGGUGACCUGGGACUCGCGCGUCGCUUUGACAAGCCCCUGCAUUCCCUCUUCAGCGGUGACAAGGUCGUUGUGACGAUAUGGUACCGCGCGCCGGAACUCAUCCUUGGCAGUCGUCACUACACACCCGCUAUCGACAUGUGGGCCGUCGGCUGCAUCUUUGCAGAGCUACUGUCUUUGCGGCCCAUCUUCAAGGGCGAGGAGGCCAAAAUGGACAGCAAGAAGACAGUGCCCUUCCAGCGGAACCAGAUGCAAAAGAUUGUCGACAUUAUGGGUCUGCCGUCCAAAGAGCGGUGGCCGUUGCUGACAGCCAUGCCCGAAUACCCACAGCUAUCAACCCUGCAGCCGCCCAUGACGCCGCACCACCACGGACAUCACGGGCAUCAUCGUGGACACGGGUACGGCCACCACCCGCCCGCGCCGAGCGGUUCGAACCUCGAGAAGUGGUACUACAGCACCAUCUCACAGGGGGCCUCGAGCAGCGCGACGUCGGCGCCGCAGAGCAACGGGGCGCCGUUGGCGAGUCUGGGUGCCGAGGGAUAUAAGCUCUUGGCGAGUUUGCUGGAAUACGACCCCGUCGAGCGGUUGACGGCGGCGAAGGCGCUCCAGCACCCGUUCUUCUCGACCGGGGACCGACUCAACGCGCACUGCUUUGAGGGACUGAAGAACGAGUACCCGCACCGGAGGGUGAGUCAGGACGACAACGACAUCCGGACGAGUAGUCUGCCCGGGACGAAGCGGAGUGGACUGCCAGAUGAUUCGUUGGCCCGGCCGGUGAAGAAGUUGAGGGAGGUUUGA